UACAGAAGAGUAGAAAUCGUCUCAUCCCUACCCCCUGAUCCCCCCCAGGAACCAAAUCCCUGUGACGCCAUUGGACGAAACCAUGAUGGGCAGCAAGAACAGCCAAUCAGACGGCUGGAGCAGCGAGGAUGAGGAUGAUGAGACAUUUGAAGCUAAUGGUCAUGAGACCAUGUCACCCUUCUCAGGUACAGGGUCAGGGGAGGGCGGCCGGUCCAAAUCCUAAGUCUGACGGGAAAAUGUGUUGCCUUUGUGCCUUUGAGCAAGGAACUUUCCCCUAAACUGCUCCAGAGCUCUGCACCAUGGGUUAUUCUUUUUCUAGCACUGUUAAAUGGUUGGUUUUCGAAAACCUAACUACAGUGCAUCGGUCCCAUAUUUAUAAUCAUGAAGAACUUAUUCCCUCUCCUCUCUCCAGGUCCACCUAUAGUAUCAGAAGAAGAGUUGGUCAGCCUAGCCAUGAUCAGUCCAGCUAAGACCAGUCAAUACGCUGGGUCCAGAGUGAAAGCCCUCAUACAGAUACUACAACAUCAACUAGACCAGCAAGAACUGGUCCGAGAGUUCAUGGUGGGUAUACACUGUGUGUUCCUCAUUCAUACACAUGCACACACACACUAAUGAAGUAUGUUAACCAUGUCAUGCAACUUGGUCUGCCUUUUCAAUAGCAGCAGAAAACAUUUUCAGUUUGUUUCAGGCCUUGGAGCAUCUAAAGCCGUCUGAUAACUGUCUGGUGGGGAAAGCUCCGGAGAACCGGGAGAAGAACCGCUACCGGGACAUCCUGCCCUGUAAGUCCCUGUUAAACCGGUAUAACUACAGUCCCUUUCAUGCUUCUGUGUAGUCUGCACUGGAACCAUCUAAUCUGGGCUGGAAAGGACAGCUGCGGGCAAAAUUGACACACAACGUGUUAGUUACGUAAUUUUCUGGUUGUAAGAUUACAACCUAAUGGUCCCUGUUGCAACCAGAUAAUUACGUAUUUUUCAUGACGAUAUCAAGACGUUAUAUUUUGGUUGUUUUCUGGUCAUAUAAUAGUUAUGGUGGCUAAAAGAUGUCAGCAAAACAUCCUUAUACAACCUGAAGGUUAUACUACAAAGGAGGUUCAAUUAGUUUUUCUGUAUUUUUAAGUUGUAUAUCUUGAAAACUUUAUUGUUGACAUGCAAAACAUUUUGGGACUAUAUCAACAAUGGACUAAUGAAACAAAUUCCAAAAUAUAGUUUUUGGGUGGAAUUGUCCUUUAAAUUUGAUAAUCAACCAGAAAAAACUAUUUAUUUUCUGGUUCAUUGAGAAAGCUAAACUUAGAUAUGAGUUUAGUUUUUUUGAGUCAAUUAGACCAUGCCCAUUUCAAGGUCAAGGCCAUCUUCAAAAAAAAUAAAGUCAACGUGUUUCAGAAUAUUUUGUCAAGUUAGCUGGCUAACUAAUUUAUGCUGCUUUGUAGUAUACCCCUCUGAACAUAAAGACAUACAAUUUCAACCAGUUUUGCUAGCUGGGCAGUGGUCACUCAAGUCUUAUCCCUUAUUUUAUGAGUUCCCAUACACACAUGUAACUCCGAUUUCCGUGGUAAUUUACAUCUGUGUGCCCUGCUAGUGAGGAGCAUUUGGUUACGUGUGUGUGUGUGUGUGUGUCGGGGGCAACGUGCAUGCUCCGCCCACCUGAGAAUCUCUCCUUUUCAGCCAUCUAUUUCCUUUGUUUGAGGGAUGCAAAAUCCACUUGUCACUUAAAUCUCGCUGGAUUCAUUGCUUUCAUUUUACUCUGGUGACUCUUUCCCACUCUUGCUUGUGCCAUUCAUUUCUUUCUUGUUAACAAACGACUGUGGAAACGUUUGUAAUGACCUGUCAAAUACACUCCGGUUAUGGCUGAAAUGGGCUCAAUGGAAUACAUUGGUUAAACGUUGCAUCUAUAAUAACGACCACUUCGUUGGGGAUUUAACUCAGCGUCUCGACACUUACAUCACAAGAAAGAGAAGAAAGUUAACUUUAUUUUAGUGGGUGUGGAUUCUUUUGUGCAAUUGAAAAAAGUAAUGAUUUAAUACAGUUGAAAUGUUUACAAAUUAGAUUUGCUGAAAUGAAAGCAACAUCCACACUCGGAUUAUAGUGAUAUUAUGUCUGAUCUCGCAAACAAUGUAAAGUAUGUAUAGAUAGGUGUAAUCUAGAGUCAAGCGUUUAGAUUUUAAAUCUGUGGGCAUCCUUCUCUUGACAUACUUGUCACGUUCUCUGGCAUAAUUCAACAACAGUAAUUCAUUAGGCAGACUAGAAUGCGCAGGUGAGUGCAGGUAGGCCAAGACAGAGCAAGUUUCUGGUGGUUGCAGCCCUGGUCCACCCCUUUAUAUUAAUUUAUAAAUGUAUGCAAAGACAUCCAGUGUAUACAGUGGGUAUCAGAAAUAUUCAUUGGAUUUCUUCACAUUUUAUUGUGUUACAACGUGGGAUUAAAAUUGAUUUAAUUGUCAUUUGUUAUCAAUGAUCUACACAAAAUACUAUUAAUGAAAAAUAAAACACUAAUAUACUGUACCUUGAUUAGAUAUGUGUUCACCCCCAUGAGUCAAUACAUGUUAGAAACACAUUUGGCAGUGAUUAUAGCUGUGAGUCUUCUUGGGUAAGUCUCUAAGAGCUUUGCACACCUAGAUUGUGCAAUAUUUGCCCAUUAUUCUUUUCGGAAUUCUUCAAGCUCAAGGUGUUGGGGAUCAUGGCUAGACAGCAAUUUCCAAGUCUUUCCAUACAGUUUCAAGCAGAUUUAAGUUAAAACUAACUUGGCAACUCAGGAACAUUCACUGUCUUCUUGGUAAGUAACCCUUAUGUUGUAGGUUAUUGUCCUGCUGAAAGGUGAGUUCCUCUCCCAGUGUCUGGUGUAAAGCAGACUGAAACAGCUAUUCCUCUAGGAUUUUGCCUGUGCUUAGCUCCGUCCCGUGUCUUUUUAUCCUGAAAAACUCCCCAGUCUUUGCCGAUAUCAAGCAUACCCAUACCAUGAUGCAGCCACCACCAUCCUUGAAAAUAAGGAGGUAAAGGUCUGGGUACCAAACUUCCUUCAUAUUUACUCCUGAAGUCUGGGGUGACAAUCUAACACCCUUAUUUGAAAGGUGUUAGAUUGCUGAUGCUAUGUAUUGGCCAAUGAGAGGCUUUGAAACCACCAUAUUGGUACUCCUCAGAAGGAGCAGUCCUCCAUAGGAAUUAAUAGAAUUCUACAGUAUUUCUACAAUAUCUCCUGCAUCGACAACGUCGUUUCCACAGUGACCGUACUCAGUGAUGUAUUGUGCUGGAUUUGGCCCAAACAUACAGUGAGGGAUUUGAUCCCCUGCUGAUUUUGUACAUUUGCCCACUGACAAAGACAUGAUCAGUCUAUAAUUUUAAUGGUAGAUUUAUUUGAACAGUGAGAGACAGAAUAACAACAAAAAAAUCCAGAAAAACGUAUGUCAAAACGUUUAUAAAUUGUUUUGCAUUUUAAUGAGGGAAAUAAGUAUUUGACCCCUCUGCAAAACAUGACUUAGUACUUGGUGGCAAAACCCUUGUUUGCAAUCACAGAGGUCAGACGUUUCUUGUAGUUGGCCACCAGGUUUGCACACAUCUCGGGAGGGAUUUUGUCCCACUCCUCUUUGCAGAUCUUCUCCAAGUCAUUAUGGUUUCGAGGCUAACGUUUGGCAACUCGAACCUUCAGCUCCCUCCACAGAUUUUCUAUGGGAUUAAGGUCUGGAGACUGGCUAGGCCACUCCAGGACGUUAAUGUGCUUCUUCUUGAGCCACUCAUUUGUUGCCUUGACCGUGUGUUUUGGGUCAUUGUCAUGCUGUAAUACCCAUCCAUGACCAAUUUUCAAUGUCUUGGCUGAGGGAAGGAGGUUCUCACCCAAGAUUUGACGGUACAUGGCCCCGUCCAUCGUCCCUUUGAGGCGGUGAAGUUGUCCUGUCCCCUUAGCAGAAAAACACCCCCAAAGCAUAAUGUUUCCACCUCCAUGUUUGACGGUGGGGAUGGUGUUCUUGGGGUCAUAGGCAGCAUUCCUCCUCCUCCAAACACGGCGAGUUGAGUUGAUUUUAUAGAGCUCCAUUUUGGUCUCAUCUGACCACAACACUUUCACCCAGUUCUCCUCUGAAUCAUUCAGAUGUUCAUUGGCAAACUUCAGACGGGCCUGUAUAUGUGCUUUCUUGAGCAGGGGGACCUUGCGGGCGCUGCAGGAUUUCAGUCCUUCACGGCGUAGUGUGUUACCAAUUGUUUUCUUGGUGACUAUGAUCCCAGCUGCCUUGAGUUCAUUGACAAGAUCCUCCGGUGUGGUUCUGGGCCGAUUCCUCACCGUUCUCAUGAUCAUUGCAACUCCACGAGGUGAGAUCUUGCAUGGAGCCCCAGGCCGAGGGAGAUUGACAGUUAUUUUGUGUUUCUUCCAUUUGCGAAUAAUCGCACCAACUGUUGUCACCUUCUCACCAAGCUGCUUGGCGAUGGUCUUGUAGCCCAUUCCAGCCUUGUGUAGGUCUACAAUCUUGUCCCUGACAUCCUUGGAGAGCUCUUUGGUAUUGGCCAUGGUGGAUAGUUUGGAAUCUGAUUGAUUGAUUGCUUCUGUGGACAGGUGUCUUUUAUACAGGUAACAAACUGAGAUUAGGAGCACUCCCUUUAAGAGUGUGCUCCUAAUCUCAGCUCGUUACCUGUAUAAAAGACACCUGGGAGCCAGAAAUCGUUCUUAUUGAGAGGGGGUCAAAUACUUAUUUCCCUCAUUAAAAUGCAAAUCAAUUUAUAACAUUUUUGACAUGCGUUUUUCUGGAAUUUUUUUAUGUUAUUCUGUCUCUUACUGUUCAAAUAAACCUACCAUUAAAAUUAUAGACUGAUAAGUUCUUUGUCAGUGGGCAAACAUACAAAAUCAGCAGGGGAUCAAAUACUUUUUUCCCUCACUGUAAGGCUUUGCUUUUAGGCUAAAAAGUGUAUUCCUUUGCCGUGUUUUGUUUGUUGUUGCAAUAUUACUUUAGUGCCUUGUUGCAUACAGGAUGCAUCUGUAUAUUUUUCUUCUUCUUAUCAUUAUUGUGGAGUCACUACAAUGUUGUUGAUCAAUCCUCCGUUUUCUCCCAUCACAGCCAACGAACUCCGUAGCUGUUUUAAAAUCACCAAUAGCCUCAUGGUGACAUCCCUGAGCAGUUUCCUUCCUCUCCUGCAGCUCAGUUCAGAAGAACGACUGUAUCUUUGAUGUGUCUAGGUGGUUUAAUACAUCAUCCACAGUAUAAUUAUUAACUUGACCAUGCUAAAAGAGAUAUUCAGUGUCUGAUUUGUUAUUGUUGCCGAUCUACCAAUCACUGGCCUUCUUUAUUUCUUUAAGGUUUUCGAAAAUGUUGCUGGUCUUUGUAGUUGAAUGAAUCUGUGCUUGAAAUGCAGUACUUGACUGCGGGACCUUACAGAUGUUGUAUGUGUGGGGGACAGAGGAAGGGGUAGUCAUUCAGAAAAUAAUUUCAACCCAUAUUAUUUCACACAGAGUGUGUCCAUGUAACUUACUAUUUGAUUUGUUAAAAGCCCAGUGCAGUCAAGAAUGUGAUUUUCUUGUGUUUUAUAUACAGUAUAGUUCCACACUAUGAGGUUGGAAUAAUACUGUGAAAUUGUGAAAAUGAUGAUAAUGCCCUUUUACUGUAGGAGCUGUUUGAAAAGACUGCCUGAAAUUUCUGCCUGUUUUGAUGUGAUUGAGUUUUGGCCUGCCUGGUGACAUCACAAGGCGGUAAAUUAGUUAAUAGACCAAUAAGAAAGAGAGUUGCAGACCUCUCUGCCAAUAAAAGCUAGUUUUCCAUUUUCCCCUCCCCACUUAGACCAAUCCCGGACAGUCCUAGCAAAAUCCUUGCUUGAGAAAUUGCUCUUUGCUAAGAAGUUUUUUUUAACCAUUUUAAUUUAAAACAAUCACAGUAAGGUACUUCAUUGUUACCCAGAAACAAUUUGAUAUUGAGAUCAAAAUGGCUGCAUUGGACCUUUAAGCCAAAUGUUAUUCCUGAACUAAUUUAGGCUUGCCUAAACAAAGGGGGUGAAUACUUAUUUGAGUUAUUUCAAUUUUAUUCAUUUGUAAAAAUGUGUAGAAUUUUCUUUUCAUUUUGACAUUAUGGAGUAUUUUGUGUAGAUCAAUGACAAAUAAAUCACAAUUAAAUCUAUUUCAAUCCCACUUUGUAAUGCAACACACCCAAAUGAGGCCCAUACAAUCUUCUUUAUAAACAUAAAUUCAAAAUAACUUCACAGAUCUUCAUGUAAAGGGUUUAAACACUGUUUCCCAUGCUUGUUCAAUGAACCAUAAACAAUUAAUGAACAUGCACCUGUGGAACGGUCGUUAAGACACUAACAGCUUACAGAUGGUAGGCAAUUAAGGUCACAGUUAUGAAAACUUAGGACACUAAAUAGGCCUUUCUACUGACUGUAAAACACCAAAAGAAAGAUGCCCAGGGUCCCUGCUCAUCUGCGUGAACGUGCCUUAGGCAUGCUGCAAGGAGGCAUAAGGACUGCAGAUGUGGCCAUGGCAAUAAAUUGCAAUGUCCGUGCUGUGAGAUGCCUAAGACAGCGCUACAGGGAGACAGGACGGACAGCUGAUCAUCCUCGCAGUGGCAGACCACGUGUAACAACAUCUGCACAGGAUCGGCACAUCCGAACAUCACACCUGCGGGACAGGUACAGGAUGGCAACAACAACUGCCCGAGUUACACCAGGAACACACAAUCCCUCCAUCAGUGCUCAGACUGUCCGCAAUAGGCUGAGAGGCUGGACUGAGGUCUUGUAGGCCUGUUGUAAGGCAGGUCCUCACCAGACAUCUCCGGCAACAACGUCGCCUAUGGGCACAAACCCACUGUCGCUGGACCAGACAGGACUGGCAAAAAGUGCUCUUCACUGACGAGUCGCGGUUUUGUUUCACCUGGGGUGAUGGUCGGAUUUGCAUUUAUCGUCGAAGGAAUGAGCGUUACACCGAGGCCUGUGCUCUGGAGCGGGAUCGUUUUGGAGGUGGAGCGUCCGUCAUGGUCUGGGGCAGUGUGUCACAGCAUCAUCGGACUGAGCUUGUCAUUGCAGGCAAUCUCAACGCUGUGUGUUACAGGGAAGAUAUCCUCCUCCCUCAUGUGGUACCCUUCCUGCAGGCUCAUCCUGACAUGACCCUCCAGCAUGACAAUGCCACCAGCCAUACUGCUCGUUCUGCGCAUGAUUUCCUGAAAGACAGGAAUGUCAGUGUUCUGCCAUGGCCAGCGGAGAGCCCGGAUCUCAAUCCCAUUGAGCAUGUCUGGGACCUGUUGGAUCGGAGGGUGAGGGCUAGGGCCAUUCCCCCCCAGAAAUGUCAGGGAACUUGCAGGUGCCUUGGUGGAAGUGUGGGGUAACAUCUCACAGCAAGAACUGGCAAAUCUGGUGCAGUCCAUGAGGAGGAGAUGCACUGCAGUACUUAAUGCAGCUGGUGGCCACACCAGAUACUGACUGUUACUUUUGAUUUUGACCCCCCUUUGUUCAGGGACACAUUAUUCCAUUUCUGUUAGUCACAUGUCUGAGGAACUUGUUCAGUUUAUGUCUCAGUUGUUGAAUCUUGUUAUGUUCAUACAAAUAUUUACACAUGUUAAGUUUGCUGAAAAUAAACGCAGUUGACAGUGAGAGGACGUUUAUUUUUUUGCUGAGUUUAUAAGUAUAAACAAUUACAAUAAAUGGAAUACCUGAAUUCCCACCAAAAUUAAUUAUUUGUGUGUGGCAGUACAAUGUUUUAUGUUCUAUAAUUCAGUCAAUAUCGGAUGGAUUUUUUUUUUCAAAAAGUUUGGAGUAUCUUCAUCCAUUGUCCAACUGUUGCCUUUAUUCAAAUACUUUUUAAACCUUUUGACAAUUUCGAUGCCUGUUGCUAGUGUGUGUGUGUGUGUGUGUGUGUGUGUGUGUGUGUGUGUGUGUGUGUGUGUGUGUGCGCGUGACCAGUACAAGCUUUGUUUUGGCAGCAUCAUCAGAGUUUUAUUUCACUAAGUAGGUUCAAUGAGCCAGCAAACUCUGAUCAACAAACACAUAAACAAGACCCCCUGUGAGAUAGACCACAACAUUCCUCUCUUUCUCUUCUCUCUCUAUCUAUCACUCCUCUCCUCUCUUCUCACCCAUCAUUUACUCCCCAGUGCCCUAUUAAUUUAUUCCGUGUUUUCUCCUCUGUCAUUUACUCUGUAGUAUUUACUAGUCCCUGGACUGGACUGUUCCUGGGAAAACAACAACACUGCAUUGUUAGACUGUAGAUUAACAACACUGUUGGCCAGUGGCACACACUGGUCUCCUCAUAAAACAGUGUGUGUGUUUGUGCGUGCAUGCAAGUAACUGCCAAAAUAUAGGAAACACCAACAUAAAGUGGCUUAAUAGGGUGUUGGGCCUCCACUAGCCAGAACAGCUUCAAUGCACCUUGGCAUAUAUUUUACCUUGGCAUACAAGUGUCUGGAUCUCUACUCAUUUACUGAAGUGUUUCCAUUAUUUUGGCAGUUACCUGUAUAUCUCUGACCUGAAUGUGUUUUCUGGGAAAUGCUGUUUUAUUGUUCUAUUUUGGAAAACGACUGAGGAAUGUGUGUUUCACUGGACGUUCCAUGGGGGAAAAAAUGUGGUGUACAACCGUAAUCAGCAGAAUAAUGUUUGUUCUAAACCUCCUAAAAUGGUUUAUGGGUACAGUGCCUUCGGAAAGUAUUCAGACCCCUUUACUUUUUCCACAUUUUGUUACGUUACAGCCUUAUUCUAAAAUGUAUUAAAUUGUUUUUUUCCUCAUCAAUCUACACACAAUACCCCAUAACUGGUUUUUAGAAAUUGUUACUAAUUUAUAAAAAAAUAAAAAAUAAAAUAUUUACAUAAGUAUUCAGACCCUUUACUCAGUACUUUGUUGAAGCACCUUUGGCAGCGAUUACAGCAUAGAGUCUUCUUGGGUAUGACCCUACAAGCUUGGCACACCUGUAUUUGGGGUGUUUCUCCCAUUCUUCUCUGCAGAUCCUCUCAAGCUCUGUCAGGUUGGAUGGGGAGUGUUGCUGCACAGCUAUUUUCAGGUCUCUCCAAAGAUGUUUGAUCGGGUUCAAGUCUGGCUGUGCCACUCAAGGACAUUCAGAUUCUUGUCCCGAAGCCACUCCUGCAUUGUCUUGGCUGUGUGCUUAGGGUCGUUGUCCUGUUGGAAGGUGAACAUUCGCCCCAGUCUGAGGUCCUGAGCACUCUGGAGCAGGUUUUCAUCAAGGAUCUCUCUGUACUUUGCUCCGUUAAUCUUUUCCUCGAUACUGACUAGUCUCCCGGUCCCUGCCGCUGAUGCUGCCACCACCAUGCUUCACCAUAGGGAUGGUGCCAGGUUUCCUCCAGAUGUGACGCUUGGCAUUCAGGCCAAAGAGUUCAAAUUUGGUUUCAUCAGACCAGAGAAUCUUGUUUCUUUAGGUGCCUUUUGGAAAACUCCAAGCGGACUGUCAUGUGUCUUUUACUGAGGAGUGGCUUCCGUCUGGCCACUCUACCAUAAAGGCCUGAUUGGUGGAGUGCUGCAGAGAUGGUUGUCCUUCUGUAAGGUUCUCCCAUCUCCACAGAGGAACUCUAGAGCUCUGUCAGAGUGACCAUCGGGUUCUUGGUCACCUCCCUGGCCAAUGCCCUUCUCCCCCUGAUUGCUCAGUUUGGCCAGGCGACCAGCUCUAGGAAGAGUCUUGGUGAUUCCAAACUUCUUUCAUUUAAGAAUGAUGGAGGCCACUGUGUUCUUGGGGACCUUCAAUGCUGCAGAAAUGUUUUGGUACCCUUCCCCAGGUCUGUGCCUCGACAUGAUCCUGUCUCUGAGCUCUAUGGACAAUUAUUUCGACCUCAUGGCUUGGUUUUUGCUCUGACAUCCACUGUCAACUGUGGGACCUUAUAUAGACAUGUGUGUGCCUUUCCAAAUCAUGUCCAAUCAAUUGAAUUUACCACAGGUGGACUCCAAUCAAGUUGUAGAAACAUCUCAAGGAUGAUCAAUGGAAUCAGGAUGCAUCUGAGUCUCAUAGCAAAGGGUCUGAAUACUUAUGUAAAUAAGAUAUUUCUGUUUUUAAUUUUUAAUACAUUUGCACACAUUUCAAAAAAACUGUUUUUGCUUUGUCAUUAUGGAGUAUUGUGUGUGGAUUGCUGAGGACAUUUUUAUAUUUAAUCCAUUUUAGAAUAAGCCUGUAACGUAACAAAAUGUGGGAAAAGUCAAGGGGUCUGAGUACUUUCUGUCUGCAGAGUUAACUGCUGUAAUCAGGAAACAUGGUUCGGGAAUGUCAUGAAACUGACCAGAGAGUAUAUUGCUGUCCCCUAUUCUACUCAUCUAUCUACGGACGCAUUCUCGUGUUUCUAACUCACAUCGUGGUUUUUAUUUUUGUAUAAUUUUUUAUUAGAUUUUCUAUUAUUAUUACUAUUAUUAUUAUUAUUACUGCAUUGUUGCGAAAGAGCUCUCAAGAUAAGAAUUUCACUGUACUGUUUUACACCUGAUGCAUCCUGUGCACGUGGCGAAUACACUUUGAAACUUGAAACAUACACACACAUACAUAGCAGGACUAUAUCAAUGCCAGUUAUGUCCAACUAACUCUUCUCCCUCUCUCUCUCGCUCCCUUUCUCUCUCCCCCUGCUCUCUAGAUGAUAAGACGCGUGUUCCAGUGGGUGAUAAUCAGGACUAUAUUAAUGCCAGUUAUAUCCAUAUGGAGGUUGGCAGUGAUGAGUUCAUCUAUAUCUCCUGCCAGGGUCCUCUGCCCUCCACCGUGCCCGACUUCUGGCAGAUGGUCUGGGAGAACAGGUCUGUGGCAUUAGUGUAUACACAAAAGUUUCCGACAGACAUCGUUUCGAUCGAAAACGUUUUGCAGAGGAAAAUGAGAAAUUCUGUUUCAGUCCGUUUUCUUCUGUAUGGUGCCUAAUGAACACGACCCUGGUGUGUCAGCGCUGACCUGUAACUAAGGUCUUAUAGUCUGAAUAGUACAACAUCGUUAACAACCGUCCUUCCCCACUCCCCAGGUCUGAUGUGAUAGCCAUGAUGACCCAGGAGGUGGAGAGAGGCAGGGUGAAGUGUCACCGCUACUGGCCAGAGAGGGUGAGCUGUCCCCUAGACACGGGACGCUUCCAGCUCAGCCUGGAGAACCAGCAGAUCAUGGAAUACUUCCACAUCAAGAUCAUCCGCAUGGUGGAGAAAGAGGUGAAGGAGGGACGAUAAAUAGAGGGGACGGAGAAGAUACUAAAAAGCUUAAAUGUAAAGCAUGAAUUAGCAUGAGUACAAUGUCUAUUUUUUUGUGUCUACUAAAUCCAAUGAAAGUCGUUUUGAAGGAUACACUAUCUCUCAUUUCAAUUCAGUUUUUCAUCAGCCACUGUCAUCUCCGCUGUCUCUUAGAUGGUUUAGGCCCUGGUCUCCUUUAUGACAAAACACAUUUGUAAAAUUGUACAAUUUGGAAUUUGAUUGAUCAGUUGAUUGAUAUCUGUUCCCUCCUCCUGUUCCAGUCUGGGGAGACCCACUUUGUCCGUCACCUGAAGUUUAUCCGUUGGCCUGACCACGGUGUGCCGCAGUGUUCAGAGCAGCUGGUCAGAUUUAUCCGCUACCUCCGAGCGGUCCACCAUAAAGGACCUGUUACUGUUCACUGUAGUGCUGGGAUAGGACGAACAGGAGUACUGAUCUGCACCGAUGUCAUCCUGAGUCUCAUAGAGAACGAUCUCCCGGUGAGUUAGAUAGAGCACACAGGUGCGCACCAAUGAUGUAUAAACACUAGAUUGCUGAUGCUAUGUAUUGGCCAGUGAGAGGCUUUGAAGCCACCAUAUUGGUACUCCUCAGAAGGAGCAGUCCUCCAUAGGAAUUAAUAGAAUUCUACAGUAUUUCAAUUUAAUGUUUCAAUUUAAUUGAAGUAUUUCUUUGUUGUAGUGGGGAUGUUAAAAGUAUGCAUUACGGUGUCUGUAAUAUAAUAUAUUAGCAAACAAUUAUGUAGAAAUUAAUAAAUGCAUUUCUAUUUUUUUCAAAACCUUUUUUACAAUGGCUUUCGAAACAGUGCCUCUGGUCAGUUAUCUAGUGUUUUAUAUACAUAAUUGGUGCACACCCAGACACAAACACAUGCAUGCAUGCACACGCUCACACACACUCCUUACCUCAAAUACGGAUACAAACUAUGCUCUUCACUUGGUGUUCUUAAAAGUCCUUGUGUAUAUCAGAGAGAUACCUGUACUAACCUCCAUGUACCUAACUCCUUGUCUUUCUCUGUCCACAGAUCAACAUCAGUAACAUUGUGAGGGAGAUGAGACUGCAGCGAUACGGCAUGAUUCAGACCAAGGUCAGUACAGUAGGCCCACCAGUCAGAGGUUAGUGUCAGGGGUCACGGGUCAAACAUUUGAUUAGCCAUUCAGGCUACCAUUGAUCCUUUGUCUAUGGCUUCCGUAAGCCUAUCCACUAUUGUUUCCUACAUAAUCAGAUAUGAAAUGAAAUUACACAUAUUCCACAAACCCAGUUUGAGUAGUGGUUCUUUAGUCCUACUAACCUGGGGUGGGUUUCCCAAAGCCUUCAUAGCUAAAUUCAUGUCACUCAACCACCCAGCCACUGAGCCCUGAAAGAGUAACAAUUAUAAAAAUCUAUGUUUGACGGUCAAUCAUCUAUGCAUGAUUCAAAUAUAAUUUGUAAAAUAAAGCACUUUGCGGUUCGAGUGGCGCGAGUCUGGAUGGUCGAAAGAAAGUAUGUUAGCUACGAAGCUGACGGGGAACCCACCCCCAUGGUUAAUGACAGUGUGUGAAUAGAGUUAGUGGACCCUCACAGCGCUAGAGAGAGAGACAGAAGCUACAGUUGAAGUCGGAAGUUUACAUACACUUAGGUUGGAGUAAUUAAAACUUGUUUUUCAACCACUCCACAAAUUUCUUGUUAACAAACUAUAGUUUUGGCAAGUCGGUUAGGACAUCUACUUUGUGCAUGACACAAGUAAUCUUUCCAACAAUUGUUUACAGUCAGAUUAUUUCACUUAUAAUUCACUGUAUCACAAUUCCAGUGGGUCAGAAGUUUAAAUACACUAAGUUGACUGUGCCUUUAAACAGCUUGGAAAAUUCCAGAAAAUGAUUUCAUGGCUUUAGAAGCUUCUGAUAGGCUAAUUGACAUCAUUUGAGUCAAUUGGAGGUGUACCUGUGGAUGUAUUUCAAGGCCUACCUUCAAACUCAGUGCCUCUUUGCUUGACAUCAUGGGAAAAUCAAAAGAAAUCAGCCAAGACCUCAGAAAUAAAAUUGUAGACCUCCACAAGUCUGGUUCAUCCUUGGGAGAAAUUUCCAAACGCCUGAAGGUACCACGUUCAUCUGUACAAACAAUAGUACGCAGGUAUAAACACCUAAUACCGCUCAGGAAGGAGACGCGUUCUGUCUCCUAGAGAUGAACGUACUUUGGUGCGAAAAGUGGAAAUCAAUCCCAGAACAACAGCAAAGGACCUUGUGAAGAUGCUGGAGGAAACAGGUACAAAAGCAUCUAUAUCCACAGUAAAACGAGUCCUAUAUCGACAUAACCUGAAAGGCCGCUCAGCAGGGAAGAAGCCGCUGCUCCAAAACCGCCAUAAAAAAGCCAGACUACGGUUUGCAACUGCACAUGGGGACAGAGAUUGUACUUUUUGGAGAAAUGUCCUCUGGUCUGAUGAAACAAAAAUAGAACUGUUUGGCCAUAAUGACCAUCGUUAUGUUUGGAGGAAAAAGGGGGUCGCUUGCAAGCCGAAGAACACCAUCCCAACCAUGACACACGGGGGUGGCAGCAUCAUGUUGUGGGGUGCUUUGCUGCAGGAGGGACUGGUGCACUUCACAAAAUAUAUGACAUCAUGAGGAAGGAAAAUGAUGUGGAUAUAUUGAAGCAACAUCUCAAGACAUCAGUCAGGAAGUUAAAGCUUGGUCGCAAAUGGGUCUUCUAAAUCGACGAUGACCCCAAGCAUACUUCCAAAGUUGUGGCAAAAUGGCUUAAGGACAACAAAGUCAAGGUAUUGGAGUGGCCAUGACAAAGCCCUGACCUCAAUCCUAUAGAACAUUUGUGGGCAGAACUGAAAAAGCAUGUGCGAGCAAGGAGGCCUACAAACCUGAUUCAGUUACACCAUCUCUGUCAGGAGGAAUGGGCCAAAAUUCACCCGACUUAUUGUGGGAAGCUUGUGGAAGGCUACCCGAAACGUUUGACCCAAGUUAAACAAUUUAAAGGCAAUGCUACCAAAUACUAAUUGAGUGUAUAUAAACUUCUGACCCUCUGGGAAUGUGAUGAAAGAAAUAAAAGCUGAAAUAAAUCAUUCUCUCUACUAUUAUUCUGACAUUUUACAUUCUUAAAAUGAAGUGGUGAUCCUAACUGACCUAAGACAGGGAAUUUUUACUAGGAUUAAAUGUCAGGAAUUGUGAAAAACUGAGUUUAAAUGUAUUUGGCUAAGGUGUAUGUAAACUUCAGACUUCAACUGUAUUUCCCCCUAACCACUAAUGUACCACAUCAUAAGUAAUUAUAACAUCCUAUAAUUAUCUGACUACAGUCGGCUCUUUACUGCACUGUGUUUGUGUGUGUGUGUGUGUGUGUGUGCGUGCGUACGCGUUUGUGUGUGACCAGUGCAUGAGCAUUUGGGUAUGUGUGUAGUAACAUCUCUGUUUUGUCUCUGGUUAUAGGAACAGUACCUGUUCUGCUACAAGGUAUGGUUGGAGGUUCUACAUCACAUCCUGCAGCUGCACGGUAACCAAUGGCAACCAGAGAGCCCCCGCGAACUUAAUAUGAGCCCUCGCGCACACAGUAACCGAUGGCAACCUGAGAACCCCUGUGAAGAUAAUCCAUUUGUUUGACCAGUUACUUGCCCCCCCCCGUUAGCAG